GGGUGAGUGCAAUGGUUGUAAUGAUUAUCUGAAAAGAUGUAAAAGCAACGAGUGAAACUGAGGAAGGAAAAAGCAAAAAGGGAUGAGCCGAAAGAGGGUUUUUGUGUGUGAUUCUCUGUUCCUGGUUUCUUUCUCCUUCAAAUGAAUGAGUGAGAGCAGAGGCACCCAAAUCCAAGUAAAGGAAGAGAAAUGGAAAGGGUUUUUUUGGUGUGGUGGUAAAUUUGUAAUGGUGGAGUAGUGAGAGGAGUGAGAGCAGAAGGAACAGGAACAGAAACAGGAAGUGGAAUUGGGAACUGGGGAAUUUGUUAAGAGAAAGAAAAGGGGCAUGAAACGGUUAGAAUUGGAAUUCCGAGAAAAAGAAAAAGAAAAAGAGAAAGGGGGAGAGAAGAAGCAGUUAGGACCCACGAAUGUUUGUGUCUUCAUCCUGUGGUUUGGGGGCGUUUUGUGAGGGAACCCAUUUGGCCAAUUCCAAUUCCUCCGCAGAUCUCGCAAAUGGAAGGUCCAAAAAUGGGUGUGUAUUUUCUUUAUGGGAUUUGAAGGAAUUUCCCCGUUCUUUUUUUCCGCCCGCACCUCCUAAUGCCGACCCUCUUCAGCUGGUGGAUGUAGGGGUCCCAUUCCCCCUCGCUGAGCCCAUUUCCCGAUCGUCGAUGCUAUCGGGAUUUGGUGGUUCAUGGGUUGCAUUAGCUCCAAGAGCGUAAAGGCGGCGGCGGCGUCUCCCGUUCACCGCUAUCCCACCGCCACCGCCCCCGCCACCGCCGGUAAUGGCUCCUUGACCCUGGAUCCUUCCUCCAGGAACCAAUCGGCGACGGCGCUCGACCAUGACAGGAAAGGGGAGGACAAGCCGGAGGAUCGGGGUCGAGAGCUCAGAAAGUCGAAGAAAGAGAGCUCCCAAGGGAAGGGUUCUUUUAGCUUCAGAUUAGGCUUUUCUCAACGGUACGUCGAAGCCGAGCAGGCCGCCGCCGGGUGGCCCUCCUGGCUCAGUAGCGCCGCCGGCGAGGCCAUUCAGGGAUGGGUUCCUCUCCGGGCUGAUUCCUUUGAGAAGUUGGAGAAGAUUGGACAAGGUACGUACAGCAGCGUAUUCCGUGCUCGACAAGUUGAAACAGGAAGGAUGGUUGCGUUGAAGAAGGUUCGUUUCGACAAUUUUCAACCAGAGAGCAUUAGGUUCAUGGCACGAGAAAUAAUGAUUUUGCGCAGGCUUGAUCACCCAAACAUCAUGCAAUUAGAAGGCAUAAUUACUUCCAAAAUGUCUAGCAGCAUAUACCUUGUAUUUGAAUACAUGGAACAUGAUCUUGCAGGGCUAGUCUCGUGUCCUGAAAUCAAGUUCAGUGAGGCUCAGAUAAAGUGUUAUAUGAGGCAGCUGCUAUCUGCAAUUGAGCACUGUCACCUUCGGGGUAUAAUGCAUAGGGACAUUAAAGCAUCCAAUAUUUUGGUAAACAACGAAGGAAUUCUCAAGUUGGCGGAUUUUGGAUUAGCAAACGUCAUCAACUCAAGAAACAAGCAGGUGCUAACCAGUCGAGUAGUGACGUUGUGGUAUCGCCCUCCUGAGCUUCUGAUGGGUUCGACAGAUUACGGAUUAACUGUGGACCUAUGGAGCAUAGGAUGUGUAUUUGCGGAAUUGCACCUGGGAAAGCCUGUACUUAAAGGAAGAACCGAGGUUGAACAAUUGCACAAAAUAUUCAAACUUUGUGGUUCCCCAGCUGAAGAGUUCUGGAAAAAAACAAAGCUUCCUCAUGCAGCUAUGUUCAGACCCCAACAUGCAUAUGAAAGUUCCCUUCAUGAAAAGUGUAAAGAUUUUGCACCAUCUGCAGUGAGCCUCUUAGAAACUUUUCUUGCCAUAGAACCUUACAAGCGCGGGACCGCCUCAUCUGCUCUCAUGUCUGAGUAUUUCAGAACAAAGCCAUGUGCUUGCGAUCCGUCUACCUUGCCCAAGUAUCCACCAAACAAAGAAAUGGAUGCUAAGAAUCGUGAAGAUGCACGAAGGAAGAGGGCAAAUGCAAGAGCAAAAGAGACUGGAGCAACACAAAGGCCUAGAAGAGUCAGAAGAAAUUUGCAAGAAUUUAACAGCCAUAAAGUCACAAUAAAAGAGCUGCAGGAAACCGAUGAAAAUAUUCAAUACCAGCGAAAUGGCGGGAAUACUGCUAAUCUUCCGAAAGAACAUGGCGACGUUUUCAAGAGAGAGCCGCAGAAGCCAACAUAUGAUACAAAAUCAGAGGCUUCCCAGGCCCUGACUGGAACAAAUCAAGGAGAUAGUGCAUUCACAGCCCCAUUACCGGUUUCAGCUUCUAGUGGCUUUGCUUGGGUAAAGAAGCGAAAAGAGGAAGCUACGUCCACAAUAUCAGAUGGUCUCAAGAGCCAAAUAAGUGCUUUGGAUCCAUCUUUUGCAAAUUACACCAUCGAUUUAACAAAAUAUCAGAAUGGAUAUAAGAAAAUUCCAGCCAAUUAUGAAAGCUAUGGCACGCAGGACUCUACGGCCUACGAAAUUCAGAAGCAGCAAAGGAGAAAAUAUGAUUUCCCCGAUUCUUUUGAUGCAACUGUAGACUACCCAUUCCUGGACAUGUCCAAUGAACUCUCUCCGAAGCCACAGUCCAUUCUCACGACCCAUCUGGGCCACGAUGAUGAUCAAGAAUCGCACAUUGAAUUCUCAGGACCACUGCUAACACAACCCCAUAGUGUAGAUGAACUCCUGCAGAGAAACGAAAGCCACAUCCGACGAGUGGCUCGGAAAUCCAGAUUCGAAAGAGGUAUUGUAUUAUAAGGAAUUUUCUUCUUUCUUGCCAAAUUAACGAUUGAAGAGCCUUUUACUCUUGUUUCCAGAUAAAUGAUGCACGAAUUUUCCGGCGCAAUAGUCAGAUAGAGGUACAUAAACCAUACUUAGCAGUUCCAACAAUCUCAUGUGGCGUCCACAAGGAGCUCAAAAAUGGCAUUUGCUACCGACACCAAUCCAACACAAAAGGAAGCAGAAGAGAAGAAGCUUCUACAGAUAUACAUACAUUUGUUUGAGAAACUCAGACACGUUGAAUGAAAAAUUCCGUCGGAUGCAAUUGAUCAAUUUUUUUGGAAUCGUGAUUCUACUUUCUGCUUCUUUCCUAUUAUCUGAAACCCGAAAACAUAUACAUACAUAUAUAAUACCAA